ACCCAGAACAUGCGCCAAAUACAGGAAGUUGAACAAUCAGCUGAUCCUGCUGCUUCUUGUUGAUUCCCGAAGUUGCCGUUGUUCGGCGACUCAUUAACCCCGAGGACGGAAGACGGCGGACGGCUAAAUGCUCACAAACACGUGACGAACGGGGACGUGAGGAAUUUGAAUAAGCAUCCGCACUGCACAAGAGCUCGCUCCCAAACUGGGACCCUCGGUGGUGGUGGAAGGGAGAAAUAAAGAAAGACAGACAGAUAGACAGACAGCCACUUAACCCGCUUUGUGUAUUUAUGCCAUGGCCGUGUGAUCUGUAUUGCUUAUCGCCUCUGUGAUAACCACGGGCAUUUCCUUAAUAUACGUUGUUUUUUCCUAUUUGUACUCAAUUCCCACGCAAUAAGCGUAGCUAGCUGGGUCGGCUAAUGUUAGCGAAUAGCGCAACACAGUGUUGUUGUCCUUCUCGGUGCUUUCGUAACUGGCCGAUAGUGACCCAUGAUUCUAGGCUUAUUUCAGCAAUACUUCGACUGACAGCUGACUUUGUUCAUGUCAGGUUUGGUGUCAGGUUCCGUAAUUUGUUCGCAAAAGUCGAGAGCAGCUAACCUGGUAGCCUAUUAUUAAAAGUGUAACUUGCAAGACUCUUUUUAAUCUUGUGUUCAUUGUUCUAUGUAUUUGAUUUAAAGCUUUUCUUUUCCGCACACUUGUAAUGUUAGUUUCAUAUGUGCCACAUGAAAGUGGUCACUUAUUACUGGAAAGUUUCACGCUGAUUUCCGCGCGUGUAUUUGGUGGCUUGUUUAUGUUGGGAGCUAUGAAUUGAAGUAGACAAUUCAGUGUUCAGGGUCGAGACAGGCAAAAAGAAGUGAGGGUCCCAUUGUGUCUUAAAGUGAGCCGCCCCCUACUACUUGCCAAUGCUGGAUCUGGAAGUGGUGCCUGAGCGAUCACUUGGAAAUGAGCAAUGGGAAUUUGCCUUAGGCAUGCCAUUGGCCCAGGCUAUCUCUAUUCUCCAGAAACACUGCCGCAUCAUCAAAAAUGUCCAGGUGCUUUACAGUGAACAGACACCACUCAGCCAUGACCUCAUACUGAACUUGACUCAGGAUGGGAUUAAACUGCUGUUUGAUGCCACAAAUCAGAGACUCAAGGUGAUUGAAGUGUAUGACUUAAGCAAAGUGAAAUUGAAAUACUGUGGAGUCCAUUUCAAUUCUCAAGCCAUCGCUCCCACUAUAGAACAAAUAGACCAGUCGUUUGGAGCCACCCACCCUGGAGUUUACAAUGCAGCUGAGCAGUUGUUCCAUCUCAACUUUCGAGGACUUUCAUUCUCCUUCCAACUUGACUCUUGGAAUGAGGCUCCAAAAUACGAGAUUCCACACGGGGCCAUGGUCAAGAGGAUGCACAUCUACACUGGCAACAACCUGCAAGAAACAAAAGCACCAGCGAUGCCAUUGGCCUGUUUCCUUGGUAACGUGUAUGCAGAGUGUGUGGAUGUGCUGAGAGAGGCUACAGGACCAGUGGGGCUUAAGUUCUGCUUACUCACUGCGGGUUGUGGUCCCGGGGUGAUGGGUGAUGCUAAAGUGAGGUCCUUAGAACGAAACAUCUACUUUGGAGACUCCUGCCAGGAGGUUCUGGGUGCUCUCGGGUCACCGCAUAAAGUAUUCUACAAGUCUGAGGACAAGAUGAAGAUCCACUCUCCAUCACCUCACAAACAAGUUCCUUCCAAAUGUAACGACUACUUCUUUAACUACUUCAGCCUCGGAGUGGAUAUCCUUUUUGAUUCAACAACUCAUCUGGUGAAGAAGUUCGUCCUACAUACCAACUACCCGGGACAUUAUAACUUCAAUAUAUAUCAUCGGUGUGACUUUAAGAUUUCACUUGUCAUAAAAAAAGGAGGUGCUGACUCUCAGACAGAUGACUGCGUAUUGACCACUUACAGCAAGUGGGAUCAGAUUCAGGAACUGCUGGGCCACCCAAUGGAAAAACCUGUUGUGCUUCAUAGGUCCUCAUCUGCCAACAAUACCAACCCCUUUGGCUCCACGUUUUGCUUUGGACUGCAGAGGAUGAUCUUUGAGGUGAUGCAGAAUAACCACAUCGCAUCAGUGACGCUCUACAGUGCUCCACGGACCACCGGUCCAGCCCAACCCGAGGCCGGUAGCAGCAUCUCCCACUGAACAAGUAACCGGACAACUGCAUCUCAUUCUGUCUUGUUCUCAGAGUUGAAAUUAAGUAAGCCACAGACACAACACGGCCAUUCUUGCAUUAAAUUCAGAAACAGCCACAAUUGCAUUCGUUUUUCUGUUGGCUUGCAAGAAUCGCACUCAAGACUUGUCUGUGUUGGAGAACUGGCACUUACCGGCGGAACCGGUAGAAAGGAAGUACAGGAAGUGAAAUGCAGCUGAGAGCUGCUCUGAAGCUGUGCUGCCGCUGUGGACUUGUGGAAAUCACAACCAAGAAAAUCUGUUCCACUCAAAGUCAAACGUAAAAUAUAAACGUGGGCUUGAUUCUGGGACUCGUCGUGAACAACCCCCAGUGCCAGCCAGCAGCUGCCGCCCGAAGACGCCAACCGAUCCAGAGAGAGCCAUCAGACGCUGCAGAGGACUGAUGAAUGGAGAGGCGGCAAAGCCGGCUGAUCCAAAACUUAUUGGACAAUAAAGGGACCAAGCAUUCAAUGGCGGAGCCAAAUGUGACGCCUCAAAGCGGAAGUGUUCAAACAUGGCUUCCCUAGUCACUCCCAUCUACCCCGAAACGAUCACCCGCAUGAGUUAGCCUGCUGAAUCGUCUCCUAUCCAAACAAUGAAGCACACUAACGGCCAGUUUACUUUGUUCCAAAGAGAGGUCAGCGUUGAACUCUUGUCGACGUGCACACAAACGCCGCAUGAACUCGACAGACGGGCUCGGAUUAGAGUACAAGCACAAAUUGGCCACCUCUUCUUUUUUCUUUUUUUUUCUUUUUUUUUUUUUUAGUCCCGCAUGUUAGAAGCAUUGAACAAUGCCCCCAUCCCCGUUUUCUGUGCCCUGCCUCAAUCAUCAUCCUAUCACUAUUUCCGUGUACUUUUUCUUAUAGCAAGGUAGACCUUUGCACGCAAAUGCACCUCUGUACUUGAUUGCCGGGUAUGUUAGGAGUAAGCAAGUUGAAAAGGGAAUGUUUUUUUUUUUUUUCCUUUUUGGGGGUGCCGGGACGGGGGAAGCGGUCUUAUUAAUUAAAUGACCAAGCUUAGAGAAUAGAUUGCCCUGUGGCGUGUUGUGUGUGUCGACACACCUUCUGUUCCUUUUCGCCCUGUGUGCUUACGCGCCUGUGUAGACUACUCUCCAACCCGGUGACGCUUGGCUUUUCAUCCCUCAGCAACGUCCGCUUUCUCCUGUUCAUUUAGCUGCCAAAUACAAACGCCAAAGACAUUUCAGGGUCAUUUUGUUCUGGUUUGCUGACCUCACCUGUAACCUUUUCAUGCUGUGUCAUCGCGUCAGGCAAGAGGUGGGUUGGUAUGUUGCGUUCGGUUCCUUCCCACGACAAGCUGUUUGAGCAUUUUUAUUUUUAUAUGCAGCUUAAGGUCCAUCCAUGUACAAGUAUGCUCUUUGUCCUCACUCGUAAACCAAUUCAUUAGACGAGUAGAAUAACUACACGUGUUUUUUGACUUUGUGUCAGUUUUGGCCUAUUAGUAUGACCUUAAUCUGGAUAGAUUUGCAAACGGCUUUCCAUCGUCCUCCUGAGUAGGACAACUUUUCCAGAGGAAAAGCUGCAUUCAUUCAAUAUUCCACGACUGAGGGCAAAGCGUAGCACUGUGGUACAUGUACCUCAAUCUGGAUGGCAAGGAUAUUGCGUAAAUGCACAAAUGUUUUUCAAGGCAUUCCUGCACAUCAAGGCGGUAGAAAAGCCUCCCACUGACUCCAAAGCUCGUUCCGAUGACAUUGGGAACCUUGUGUUAAACAUAAAUAAAAACUGAAUACAGUGAAUUUCAAAUCACGUUCAAGCUACAUUUCAUUGAAUACACCCCAAAGGCUGCAAAAGCUAUCGGACAGGUGGCAAAAAAAGCCUGAAGAAGUUGAGCACUGCUGUUUGGAACAUCUCGCAUGUAGGUGCCACGAUAGGCUAUCAAAGGAGCUGCCCUGAAUUGCUCUGUCAUUCACAUGAUUACAAAACUAUCAAGUAGUAUUUGUGCCAAAAGAAAAAUAGUCGCGCGCAAUCUUGUCACGCGAAAAAAAACCUAAUUGGAUGUUGAAAUUUCAGCCGAAACGUUAAUGCCGCUCGGAGACCCGCAGCCAUUGUCUUCCUCGAUAAUGCCAGAGAAUUGGGGCCCCCUAGGGAAAACAUAUCACGUAACAGCCCACCAAUUCAAUAUUACUUUUAUACAUAAAACUGUAAAUACGCUUUUCUAGGGCAACUGUCAGUCAUGGGAUGAUUGACACGGUUAUCUCUUGUCCGUCCCCUUUCCUGCGCCCUUGUCGAUGCCUGCUUUGUAUUUUUCUGGGAGUCGAAUAAAUUAGGAGCGUUUGUUCAAAACAGAGCUUGUUGAUAAGUUCAAACUGCUGACGGUGUUGCUGUGCCAUAACAAUGCUUUUUGUUUUUUGGGUGUUUGUUUGUUUUGUGGAAACAUCAUUCCGUCAGUCAUCUUGCCAUCAUUAUUUUCGGCCGGCCCAGUCCAGUGGUGGGGAGGACGUACUUACUAUGCCACAUGCACGCAUAAAAAACAAGAACACACACGCACAGCAUGUUGAUUGGUGCAAUAAAUACAUAAUGGGACAAUGUCAUUGCAGUCUGUGGAACCAAAAGGUAUCCAAACACUGUUUUUAACUCAAACCUACUUGUGCUGCGCCUACAUGUGAUGUGGUCAUUACCUUCUUAACGCCGAUUGGCUUUCACCGUCAGUGAUGGAUGGACUGGGCCAGCCUGAAAUAAUGACACAAGGUCGACUGACGGACUUUCAUGUCCACCGUUGUUUGUUUUAAUUGCAACAGCGUAAAAUUAGGCCUUUAUUCUCCAAAAGUACACUUUUUUGUAAAAGUUUUUUUUCUCUCUCUGAAAUGUGGACAUUUGUCCUGUAAUAUUUGGAAUUUAUUUUCAUAAAAUAACACUUUAGACAUCGUCUGGGUAACAUUUUACUUAUUUUUUUUCCAGGACGUUUUUUUUGUAAAAAUAGCGCUUCAUUGUUGCAAGUAUGGCCGAAAUUCAUGUGUACUGUAAUUCUACUAGCGUGUAUGUUGGUUUUCUCUUGACAGCGUGACCCUCAUGCACCUUUUUGGUCGGUCAUUUCUCUUUUGCCCUGGAAACUAAAUCCUUCACAUUUGGACUGCAAAGGAGAGAUGCAAAAAUAGUUUUGGGCUCGUGUCAGAAGUGGAGUCUUAGUUUGCUUACUGCAACAUUUUUACUGAUAGGAACAGCUGAUGCAGAAGGAACAUUAUUUGCUUCGUGAUCUUUCCUGUUCUUGUUUUUCCACUUGUUGGGUUGGAAAUAUUGUAAUUAUUCUGAGAAGAGUUGUAUUCAAACGCUUACCGGCAAAUUGCUUUGGUGUAAAAAGAAAGCAGAAAAGGAAAAAAAAACUGCUGAACAUUGUGCCUCAUCUCCCACUGAGCCUGUUUUUGACUCGUCGUGAUAUCCUUUGUAAAAUAGGGAAAAAAAUUCCUUGUACAUAGAAUGAUAAUGGACAAUUGCAUCUGUUUGGUGAGUGAGUGUUUAUAUUGCCUCUCAUCACAGCAUCUUACAUGCUGCUGUUGACGUCUUGUGUCAAUUUCAAAUUUUGCCUGUUCGGAUUUAUUGCAUUUAUUUUAUUUUUUUUGUACGAUACCUUGAUGUUUUGUACUUUUCUUUUGACCUCUUUUGAGUGUUGGUCAUAUUUACACCAACCACCAAACACUCAUUAAAGCUUGUCUCAGCGUUUAUACAGUGUAUGCUAUACACUGUAUAGAUUCCAUUAAAAGGUGUCCCAAUGGCGAACUAAUAACGUUGUAAAUAGUCUUGGUGAGCUCAGGCCAGCUUCAUGCUGUGGUGGCCCGUUGGUGAAUGAGCGCAUCAACUCAGGUGGACGGAUCUAAACCGGAAAUGGCUUGCAAGACAAGCUAUCCAUUUGUGCAGAUUGUCUUUCAUUUCAUGGGCAUGGUCAGUGAAGAUGAUUAAGUUUUAAUUUAUAAUGCCUUGUUUUGCUUGUAAUAUUACCGUCACGUUAAGACUUUGUAUUUGUCAGUUCUGUUUCCAUCACGCACGCAAACCGUUGACCCUCCAAGUGUAACUUUUCAAAUCCAUUCUUUCAAAACGGUGGCGAAUGUGCCCGAUUGAAAUGUGGUAACAUGAUUCCAAUGUGACGAUGUAUAUUUUGAAUGCUAAUUCCUUUGAUUGUGGAAGAAGAAAUGAGUGGCUUACUCAGCAUGUUGAGCGAAGGGCAAAUUGGAGUCCACUUAGCGCGUCAUCUCCACCACCUGCUGCCCAAAGUGCUUUUACAAAGCCUCACAUUCACGCAUACAAUAAACGCAAUAAUUACAGUAGAUUGUGCAGUUUUGCUUCUGUAAAAUGCUCUCGAAGCAUUGCAAGAUUUGUGCUUGUUGACUUCAAACUGCAACCAUGCAAGUGAAUACAACGAGAACACGUUUUGCACAACCUUUAUGAGAGCAAAUGAUCAGCUCAUUAACAUCCAGUAUUAAUUUUCUGUGUGAGAAUUGACCAAAAGAAAAUAAAAAUGAACAAUCUGGAUGUGA